CGAUAACUGAAGGUCUGACUCGGACGAUUGCCCCUCUUUUAGGGCGCGAUAUAUAGCACUGGAGAGGCAGCUUGGGUUCAUCGUGCUCGCUCUACGCGCUUACUCUCCGCUAUGUCUCAGCCCAACUACAAGGCCGCCGAUCCGAUCCUCCUCACGCUCUUCGCCAACCGCUUCAUGAGCGUGGCGGAGGCGAUGGGCCGUUCGCUGCAGCAAACAGCGAUCAGUACGAACAUCAAGGAGCGUCUGGACUUCUCUUGCGCGCUGUUCGCACCUGACGGAGACCUGGUGGCGAACGCGCCGUUCAUUCCCAUUCACUUGGGUUCGAUGAGUUUUGCGGUGCGCUACCAGAUGAAGCUCCAUGGCAAGUCGCUCAAGCCCGGCGACGUGCUCAUGACGAACUCGCCUUGGGCGGGCGGCUCACACCUGCCCGACAUCACCAUCAUCUCGCCCGUCUUCGACACCAAGACGAACGAGAUCAUCUUCUUCACCGCGUCGCGCGGGCAUCACGCCGACAUCGGCGGUAUUCUCCCGGGGUCAAUGCCGCCGACGUCUACGAACAUCUUCGAGGAGGGCGCGCAGAUCGAGAGCUUCAAGGUCGUGGACGGGGGAGUGUACAAUCAUGACGAGCUCGUCGAGUAUAUGGUCAACAAGCCGGCGCAGUACCCUGGGAGCUCAGGGUGCAGGAACAUUAAGGACGUGGAGAGCGAUCUGAAGGCCGUAUUCGUGGAUGACUAUGGGCUCGAGACCGUCCAGGAGUACAUGUUCCACAUCCGGUCCAACGCGGAGCAGUCCGUUAGGAACGUCCUCCGGGACGCCGCCAAGCGCGCAGGCACGAAUGUGCUCGAGGCGAUCGACUACCUCGACGACGGUUCUCCGAUCAAACUGAAGGUGACGAUCGACGAAGCAGAGGGAUCCGCCGUGUGCGACUUCACGGGCACGGGCUGCGAGGUGCGCGGGAACCUAAACGCGCCGAUCAGCGUCGUGCACUCCGCGGUGAUCUACUGCAUGCGCGCGAUGCUCGACAUGGACAUUCCACUCAACGCGGGCUGUCUCGUGCCCAUCACCGUCGUCAUCCCGGAGGGCAGCCUCCUUAGCCCGAGUCGGAGCGCGGCGGUGUGCGGCGGCAACGUUCUCACGAGCCAGCGCAUGGUUGAUGUGGUGCUGAAGGCGUUCAGGGCGUGUGCAGCGAGCCAGGGAUGUACCAACAACUUGACAUUUGGCGCGGGCGGCAAGGACAAGGACGGCAACAACAUCACUGGCUGGGGCUACUACGAGACUAUCGCAGGUGGCUCCGGCGCUGGCCCCGGUUGGCACGGCACGUCGGGCGUGCACACGCACAUCACGAACACGCGCAUCGGCGACGUCGAGAUCCUCGAGCGGCGCUACCCCGUGCUCGUGCACCAGUUCGGCCUGCGCCCCGGCAGCGGCGGGAAGGGGAAAUGGCGCGGGGGCGACGGCGUCGUGCGCGAGAUUGAGUUCACGGAGGGUCUCCAGGUGUCUAUCCUCUCCGAGCGUCGCACGCGCCAGCCGUACGGGAUGGAAGGCGGCGAGCCCGGCGUGAUGGGCCGCAACACCUGGGUGAAGCAGGCGCGUAAGGAGGACGGCGACUUCCCCGAGGACACCGGGGAUAGCAAGCCCGCACCACUUCAGCCGCGCAAAAUCAACAUCGGCGGGAAGGCGACGGUCUGGAUGGGCAAGGGCGACCGGCUACUGAUCGAGACGCCAGGUGCGGGUGCGUGGGGCGCUGUCGAGCAUGGCGAAGGACCCGAGGCGGACCAUGGCCAUGUCAAGGCGUGGGCGCCGAGGGGAAGUUUGGCAGAGAGGGAGGCGGCGCAGGCUGGAUUCUGAGAGGGUGUCACAACUGAGUUGUAGCAAUAGGUCGCUUGACAGAUAAGUAACAAAUCCGUCAUGUAGCGCUGAUAUAUGUAUUCUGUAGUGCUUAGGUACCGCGCUCGUUCUGAUUC